AUGACGGGAGGGCGUAGGAGAAGUGUGAAUUCAUGGAGCAGUUCUGAAUCGGUGACAGAGACAGUGUUAGGGUCUCACAUGUUUGAAAUAAAAGGGUACUCUUUGACAAAGGGAAUGGGCAUUGGAAAAUGCAUUGGGAGCAAGAAGUUCAGCGUUGGAGGGUACGAGUGGGGCGUACAGUUCUACCCAGAUGGCAAAUACUCCAAAGAUAACUCCUCUUACGUUUCUUUCUUCAUCACACUCUAUUCCAACGCCACUGAUGUUCCCACCUUUUAUCAUAUCAACAUGCUCGAUCAGACACCAAAACGAAAACGCCAUGCUGGUACCCACUACGAUCACUCCUUCGAAUGUGGACCCUGUGUUUUCAAAACCCGUGGCAGCAUGUGGGGUUAUAACCGGUUCUGCAAUCGGAAAGAUCUUGAGGCUUCAGGUUUUCUCAAGGAUGACUGCUUGAAGAUUGAGUGCACUAUUAGUGUUGUGGUGACAUCGUGCAGUGAUUCUUCCAAGUUAAACAAAAUACUAGUUCCUGAGUCUGAUAUGAGGGAACAGUUCGGGAUGCUGUUAGAUUCUGGUGCAUUUUCUGAUAUUACUUUCUCAGUUAGAGGACAAAAGUUUCGUGCUCAUAAGCUUGUAUUGGCUACUCGCUCAAAACUGUUUCUAACUGAGUUUGUUAAUGGGAGGGAGAAGGAUGAAGAUGGUCACAUACUUGUUAAUGACAUUGAACCUAGGGUUUUCAAG